GGGCAUGACACUAUGGCGCUGACGGACAAGAAUUGCCUUAUUUGCCGAAAUCAUUACUGCCGCGCUUCUUGUCUUCCACUCCCAUCGUCGUCCUCGCCGUCGUUGCCGUUCAAAUCGCCCCUGCAGACAGUCUCGCCGCAUGCUGCGCUACACAACUCAACGGACCGCGUCGCUUGCUAUCACCCUCUCGGGCGCGGCCGUGCACGCUGCGCUCGCCAUCCAGGUCGUCGCACUCUGGCGAUCGCUCAAGUGGGAGCCCGAGAGCGAAUGGGAAAGCGCGCACGAUGAGUGGCGCGUGGAUAGCAUCAAGGUCCUCUGGGCUCUGCUCUCCGCGUACUUUGCGUCAUCGGCUGUAGUCUCCGCGCUGGGCUUCUAUGGUAUUGCCAAGAACAAGCCCGGGUACAUCCGCUUUUACAGGGACUACUCCAUCGCAGACUUUGCUGUCUCUGUCAUUUCCCUAUUUUCCGCCACUAAAGCCGUGCUUUACAAGUCAACACGUGCUGGCGUCUGCGAAGAGCUCUCGCGCCAACCAGAGAUCAUUCGGGACCUUGGCGACUUCGGGUUGUCGCUGGAGAACUGUGAGCGAUGGAUUGAGAGGGCGUCGAUGCUCUGCUUCGCGCUUGUCGUUGUUGUCCUAGUCGCUAGGCUCCACUGCCUGUUGGCUGUCUCGAAAUACUAUCGCAUGCAUAUCGCUCGGCAGCAACCCCCGCCAUUACCCCUUAACCACCUUCCCUCACCAACUUCGCCGACACAUCCUGGGCCGCAGCGGAUAUACCUGCUGCCCCAAGAACGCGCAAACCCGUCUGGCGAGCCGGUCAUCUACGCACCUGUGCCACUCUCAACGCUCUCGCCACAAGACCAGGCACGGGCGAAGGAGGCAUGGAUCUCGCAUGGCCACCGUCAUCAUCGCUCUCGAUCGCAUGCGCACCAUCAGCCCGCGGACACUGGCAGGAUCGUCCUGCCGAUCUCCCCCGGCGAGCCGCUCCUGCCGGGAUAUGCAUCCCAGGACGCAAAGGCGUGACCUACCGCACCCUCGCCGUACGCGUACUCGUAACGGUACAUGCGCGGUGCCAUAGUCGCCGCCUGGCUCGCCCCGGUGUAUAACACGCGAUCAGCGGGCAUACAUUCCUCCAUCGUAACCCUAGAUCGAUCCUUGUAUAUUCUAUCACCACUGUCCUUUUAUCUCGGUCUAUUCUUUUCAUCGGUUCAGCCCUGGGCAUCUGCGUCGUCUCUCCAUCGAUUUGACCUCAUGGGUAUCGCCUCUGGUUCGGUCUGGCUUGUCCUGCAUCCAUUGGCGUUUUUGUCUUUUCUUUUUGCGUCCUGGUCUAUUCUCUGUCCAUCUUGUGCUUCUAUCCAGCAGUUGUAUCGACUAUCGACGCGAAUGAGUAAUUAUGUGUACAUUUCGGGGAGUGGGUCGUGUUGGGUGUUCCUGCUGCGGCUCUGUGAAGCUCGUCUCAAGAGAAUGCGCAUCGUGUGAUACCCUGC